GCUGACAGACAUCCCGAGCCAACCUUCUAGAAGCCUCCCCUUUCAGCACCAUGAACCCAAGUGCUGCCGUCAUCCUCUGCCUCGUCCUGCUGAGCCUGAGCAGAACUCAAGGGAUCCCUCUCGCAAGAACGGUCCGCUGCACCUGCAUCAAUAUCGAUGACCGACCAGUGAAACCAAGGGCCUUAGGAAAGCUUGAAAUUAUUCCUGCAAGUCUAUCCUGCCCACAUGUUGAGAUCAUUGCCACGAUGAAAAAGAAUAAUGAGCAGAGAUGUCUGAAUCCGGAAUCUGAGGCGAUCAAGAGUUUAUUGAAAGUAGUUAGCCAAAAAAGGUCUAAAAGAGCUCCUUAACUGGAGAGAAGCCACUCACCCCAGUGCUGUGACCAAUGGACAGUAGAGAGCCUGUCUCUCCAUCACUCCCCUUUACCCACUGUGUGGCUAGUCCUAAUUGUCCCUGUUUCUUCUGAAAGGUGACCAACUGUGGUCAUAUCAGCUGCUACUCCUCCUGCAGGAUGAUGGUCAGGCCAUGGUCCUGAGACAAAAGUUAACUCCAGAAGCAAGAAUUCCCAAUUCUUUAAGAGCUGGUCCGAUUCCUUGCUCAAGGAGCUGGGAUGGCUCUCCUAGCUCUGCACUGUAAGCUCUGUGGAGGUACUAUGCUCUUCAUCGUGCGCCACGCCACAACUGCUCCCCACACCCUCCUUGUCCUCCCUAGCUUUAGGCUCAUCAGUUCUGAGUUAACCUGAGCCCUUUUUAUUUAAAAUGUAAUCCAUGUAAGACUACAAAUUAAGUUUGUAAGAACAAAUUUACCACCAUCUCUCCAAGGGAAUUUCAUAACUCAGAAUACUUACAGGAACCUGGAAAUGUAUGUGUAAAUACUAUUUAACAAACGACUGUACAAAGUAGAAUUUCUAAGAUGUAUUUUUGUAUGUUUUUCAUUGUAUAUGGAAGAACUUGUGUCAUUAAGUACAUAUCAAUGAGUAGUAAAGUUUACAUAGACAAAUGUUUUGAAUGUUACAUAAUACAAAAGGUGUUGGAUGGGUUUUCAAAAUAAAGUGUACUGUAUUGAAAGUAGUUAGAGACCAAAACGAUAAUAAAGUAAUAAUAACUGACAUGAAA